AUGCCUUCUAACAAGGAUCGUCUUUAUAUUGCACUCUAUGCGCGUGGUGGUAAAGCUAUUAUGCCUGGCAAGGAAGAUACAUAUCACUGGGCAUUACUAGUUGAACCUAAAGUGGAGGUUAAGGAUGGGACUGGUAUGCGAUUUCAUGCCAAAGAAUUUAUGACUGUUAGUGGUUCGACUUGGAAAUUUGAGGGAAUUUGCAUCGAGAUCGACUCGUUGAGACUACGCAAUAUCCCGAUCAAGCAAGGUGUUCCAUAUUGGAAUUGUGUCGCGUGGGUGAAGGGUGCUCUAGAGUUGCUACAGGACGAUGGGAAAUCGUUGGGGACAGCCGUGACUGACUGGACCAAGGUCAGAGAUGCGGCGAUGAGCUAUUAUCAAAGCAAGAAAGACGAACAUGGUUUCGACGGGGAGGCAGACUAG